AUGUUCCUUCAGUCUGAAGAAUCUCAGUUGGCGAAUUUGCCUAGCACACCCCUCAUUUCUGUGCCCGGCCCACUUGAGGAGUUUACCCCAUUCUCCCGAUUACCUUUAGAAUUAAGACGCAAGAUCUGGGGAUUCGCAGCUCUAUCCUACCCAAGAAUCUUUGAACUGGUAUGGUGUAGCUCUGAAAAUGACCUUCAUCGAUUGUUCAAAGUUUCGAAACAGACCAAUCGUGCCCCACCAAUCCUGGAAGUCAACAGAGAGGCCCGUGAAGAAGGAAUGCGCACCUUCGAAAAGCGAGUAUUCAACAAUUGCAACACCAAUACUGGAAUUCCUUUCAAAGUCGAAGGAGAAAAGCCUCAGUGUACAUGGUUCAAUCCCGAUCUGGACACAGUCUACUUUGGCGAAAAUACAUGUAUUCGAACAGUUGCGGACUUCGUUGAUUUGUACUGGCAAACGAAACUUCCAAAAAUUGCUUUCGCAACGAAAGCACAUCUUCACGGUUCCUGCAAAUGUAAUUGGAUUUCUGGAGACUGGAAUCCUGGUCACAGGACGGUAACAAGUCUUCAAAUUCUUCAUGGCAAGCCUCCGAAAGAUGCAAAUUCGUCUAUGUUCCCAGGCUCACCCAGUACAAGGGAGGUUUCCAUCGUUCUCCCGUCUUUCAUAUACAGAUAUGCGGCAGGAGAAAUGCCAAAUACGAUCACAUUCCGUCCUUCCGUUCAUAAUGUUCUUGAGAUAGAUGGUGUACGAAUAGCUGCAGCAUGGGCCAAUGAAAUCCAUGAAAUUCGAUCCGGGCUUGACUUCGGAUGGGGACCAAGCAGAUGGAAAAAUGACAGUUGUCCUGAUUUCGAUUUUGUUUCCUUUGCUCCAAGUUAUAAAGAUGGAAAGGGAAAGAAACUCAGACACGAUGGUUUCCUGAUGUCUUCGAAGGACUGUGAAAGAAUCACUGCGCAUGGAGGAGCAUUUCUCGAGGAUUUGAAGCUUCGUACUGGUGUUGAUAUACGAGUUGGGUAUUGCAGUGACUCAGAUGCUUACACUGGCUGGUUUGAGGCGGUGAACGAAGUCGGCCUUUUUAAUGGAACUAGUGAGGGUAUCAAACAAUGCGAAUUCGAAAUUUUGGCCCAUUGUAGAUGA